AUGGAUGCAUCUCGGAGGCAACGCACCCAGACCAAGGCUACGGCCGAGGAGCAAGCCCUGGAUCAAAUUGCAAGAGAGCUGCGUUGUAAUUUCGCGUGUCGUUCUCUCAGACAGAACAGGGGGGUGUCCCUUUUGGGCGGGCGGCUGGAGGGGCGGAAGGCGCCGGGAGGGGCUCCAGCGUCAACGACCGCCACUCGCCGGCCCGCGAGCGCGCGAGAACGCCGUCCCAUGCUGCACCCGCGCGUGAUUAGUGUUACGAUGGUACGGUUGGGGUUGGCUAUGGUGACGGGGGUGGCGCCGGCGCUGGUGUCGUGGUGGCGCGGGCAGGGCCCCCUGCUGCCGCCCCCGCUGGAGCUGCCGAGCCCUUGUUCGGAGAAAUUCCCCAAAUGGCCUCCGAAACGUUCGCCCUCUUUGUGCGCAUCGCAUCUUGUGCCGGCGCCGGCGACACCGCUUAGUCUAUCGAUCCCGUUCGAUUUCCAAACGGUGAUCGUGCUCAGUUUUUGCCGUGUGUCGUCGCGUGGCGGGCACCCGCCUCAUUACUUUUUUGCGUGUAUGCGGCUAGCGGCUACUGUGGCCAGUUAGUUGCGUUUGCGCACAUUUUCCGCGCCUUUUACACGCAGCUUUCCUCGUACCGAUCAGUGAUUCUAUGAUUGUCGUGCUGUGCGUUGGUUGCGGUAUAUAAAUGCGAUUUCGUUUGGUUUUUUUCCGGAGUGUUUUUAAAUAAGCAGCUUCCUACUGAAGGCGUGCUAGUGAUUAAAAAGAAAGCUAUUCGCAUAACUCGAAUAAAAUAAAACUUGAUUUGGCAAUUUUUUUAAUCGAAUUGAA